GCUGGUGGCGGGAUCCCGGUACCAGUGGGCAAGAUGGCGGCGCCGCUGAACCAGCAACAGCAGCAGCAGCAGCAGCAACAGCAGCAGCAACAACAACAACAGCUGGCGGCCGCUCAGGCCCAGCAGCAGCAACAGCAGCAGCAGCUAGUCCAGGCUCAGCAGCUGGCUGCAGCCCAGGCUCAGGCCGGUCAGCCGGCGCUCACACAACAGCAGCAACAACAGCAGCAACAGGCCCAGCAGCAGGAUGACCCAGUGGCUAAAUUUAAGCUCCUGAUUCCACAGCUGAAGGACUCUCUGCAGGUACUCACCUGCGAUAGGAAUCUCAUGAGGAUUGCAGCUCUGAACUUGUCCCAAAACACAACCAUUGACAAUGGACAGAAGAGCAACGACACAGCCCUGCAAAGGUUUGAUAAGAGCUUAGAAGAGUUUUAUGCUCUUUGUGACCAGGUAGAGCUGUGCCUGAGACUGGCAUUUGAGUGCCUUUCCCAGAGCAUCGACAGUUCCAAACAUUCGCCUAACUUGGUUCCCACAGCGACCAAGCCGGACACUGUGCAGACAGAGAGCCAGUCGUACACUCAGUACCUCAGCAUGAUCAAAUCUCAAAUCUCCUGCGCCAAGGACAUUCACAAUGCCCUGCUGGAGUGUUCUAAGCGGAUAGCCAGCAAGGGCCAAAUCUAAACAGCUCUGGGGUGCCUGCAUUCCCAUUCAGCAUUUAUCCUUGAAUGUGCGAUUCCAGGAUCAGAACUCGAACUGCUUCAAAGUCUCGCGUCUCCUGGUGCUUUCGGACAAGAUCGUCAUGGAGUCGGGAGGGAGGGCGUAACCUCUGUCAGGCUCAGGGUGCAUACUGUCUCAGUUCUUCAAUCCUGUUUGUUUUGUGUGACCAAGAGACUCCAUUCCUGUUUGUUGAAGUGUGGUUGGGGUGGGAGAGGGGUGGGUAAGGUGUAUGUGAGGAGCUAGGAGAGUGCUUACAGUAUGCAGCUGUUCUGUCCCCCUGCAUUCCGUCUGAUCUAUGAAUGUGCACAUUUGUCCUCUUAACUACUUCUAGCACAUGUUCUGAAACGGAAAAAUACAACUCCUGAAAGAAGGGCUGGCAGCGCAAACUAUUCCGUCCUUCUGCUCUGUUCCAUCAUUCAAUUUGAGACUAAUUGGUACCUUAACUCCUUUAAUCUAUGACCAUCCUUAAUCCUCCUUUAUCUUGACAAAAAUCUUCUGAACUCAACCUUGAGUGUUUGAGUUGAUUCCCAACGUCCACAUUUCCUCAGGGAAUUGAGUUCCUGAUUUCCAUGUGUCCUAAAGAGUUUCCUAACUUUGGCCCAAAAUGUCCCUCUAAUUUUUAAGUUUUAAGCCCCUUUGUUAUGAUGUCCCGUCAGCCAGAGGAAUUAAUUGACCCAACAAAAUUAUUUUAUAAUUUCAAAUCCCUUGCUUAAACUCCCCACUCUGUUUUUUUUAAAACAGAAGUGAAUGUGGGUGUAGUUUAUGCAGUAUGUCCUCCUGGUUUAUCCCUUUCAGGCCCAGCAUCGUUUUGCUGCUGUUGACUCCUGCUGGAUCACACGGUCGGGAUGCCUUGCCUGGAGUGGAGGGGCUGAUCUGUGGGGCUCAGCUGGUCACUGGACCAGCGCACAAACCCAUUCACAGUCACCUCAUAUGUCCCUACCUCCCCUUAGUGUAGCCGUUGACAUGUGACGAUCUUCCCCAGCUGUGAAAUUAUUGCAGCAUGGGUGAGGAAUUCAGCAGCUGGUGUUACGGCCACUUCAGAGUUAACCCCUCAUGUGUUACUGAGGUGCACUCAGACCUGGCUGACUCCCUCCCAGGACCUGCAAGAGGGAUCAACUCCCCUCUGGAAUAAAAGCCAGUUGAAGUUCGUCACAGUGCAGUUAGCAAGGAAAAAUACCGGGCUUAUUUCUUGAGCUCUUUAAGUAAAAUGUACAAUUAAUGUGAGCAUUUCUACAGAGUGAUGGUAUCUUGUGCAGUUUACUCAUGAGAAACUUUUCACACAAUAAAGGAUCGUUUGAAAGUUGUGUAUAGCUAAUGAUAA